CUUCUCUCUUCUGCCAUUUCUUCCACAACCUCUCUCUCUCUCUCAUAUUUGUUCAAUUGUUCACCGAGAUGCGUAGAUGAUGUAUGUUUACAUUGAUAUUGUGUUCGAGAGAUAGUAGAUCUGUUGAGACGAAAAAAAGAAGGUGAAGAAGAUGGGGAAUGCUAGCGGUAGAGAAGAGAGAGCGAAUAGUACGAUCGGAGCAUCCAACGGUGAGGCCGGAGACCUAGAGGGGUAUGCGCUUGAUGUGCAGGCUCCAGGUCGUGUGCCUUCUUCCGAUUCGAUGGGGAAUACACCUCCUGGUACCCCUGGACGCAACCACCAUCCUCUUCUGUUCGCUCCUCAGGUGUUUGCAGGUUCCCGUGGCUCCAUUGCAGAGGGGUGAUGGUCAUCCUUUUUUCAAUCAGAUCUCGCAAACUGAAUCUUCUGGAGUUGAUCAUUGUCCUACUGAAGGAAUUCCCACAAUAAUUACAUGGAACUAUGGUGGUAAUGAAGUAGCCAUAGAAGGAUCUUGGGACAACUGGACUUCAAGGAAAAUACUGCAAAGAUCUGGUAAAGAUCAUUCCAUUAUUUUGGUUCUUCCAGCGGGCAUAUACCAUUACAAGUUUGUUGUAGAUGGCCAGUGGAGACAUAUUCCAGAUGUUCCAUUUGUUGCUGAUGAAAUGGGCCAUGUCUGUAAUCUUCUUGAUGUUAAUGAUUAUUUACCAGAAUACCCGGAUAGUGUGGCUGAAUUUGAGGCUCCACCGUCUCCGGACUCAAGUUACAGUCAAGCGCUCCCAACUGACGAAGAUUUUGCGAAGGAGCCUCUAGCAGUUCCACCACAGCUGCAUCUAACUGUCCUUGGCAUGGAAAACUCACAUGAAGCUUCUUCUUCAAAGCCUCAACAUGUUUUGCUCAACCACCUCUUCAUAGAAAAAGGAGGAGCAUCUCCAUCUCUUGUUGCUUUAGGGCUGACCCAUAGGUUCCAGUCCAAAUAUGUCACUGUGGUCCUCUAUAAGCCACUCAAGAGGUAAAUAAUUUCCCAUGCUCGACAUUGUAAAGGAAACAUUUAUUUUCAAACAUGCCUUUUGAUGGUUCCCUGUUUAUAUAACAGUUCAAAAACUAUCAUGGACCCCAUGUUUGUUGUGUUGCAUUUCAACAUGUCAAGUACUUCUUUUAGCUCUACUUGCUUUGCAUCUUCAACCAAGAGCCCUACUAGAGCCUCAUGGCUGGCUUUGCGUUGAUGCGUCUCUCAUCUGUCUACCACCUUGAAACCUAUCGACCUUAGAGCGGUUAGAGUAACAAUUAUACUUUCAUUUUUCACUUUAAGGUUUCGUAUGGUAUUAGCCAUUUUCAGUUUCAAGUUCAGCAUUUGAUCUCUCCAUUGUUUGAUUUGUUUCUUGUCUUGAGCUUGAGGUACUUGAUCCGAGUGCCCAAAACUUUGGUAACUUGGAUUGUCUUAUUGCAUUUGUAACCCAAAAGGGUUUAACAACCCGGUUGCCUUCUA